UCAUUUCACUUUUCACUGUUUGCGUUUAUCAGCGUAGAUUAGGAUAUUAAUGUCAACAAAUUAUUUAACUGGCAGUUUAUAUUUAAUAAAAACGCUACUUUAAUUUAAAGAAUGUAAUUUUUAAUUACUUAUUUAUUGAACUUUUAAUUUAUUUUUUAACUACAGAGAUUUUAUUAAAGGAUAAUUUGACUGUAAUUAUGGCUGAGGAUCAAAAAGAAAGUAAAAAAGAAAUGGAAUGUGAGGAAAAUUUGCCGGCAGUAGUUGCUAGUAUGGAAAGCUUGAGUGUUGACGCAAGCUCAGCUCGAUAUUCUUUAAGGACUCGAGGUUCAUCUAAUCCACCAGCACCAACUCCAGGACUUAAUAGAAGAUGCAAUUCACGGCCAAAAAAACGCUCAUACUCAACUUCCGAAACAGACGCCCAACGUAAAGCGUACUACUUGGAUAAGAAUAUAAAAAACCUGACUCACAACACCCUAGAGACCAUAUACGAGGAGUAUGAUUCGAUGAGUUCAAAAAAAUUCAAGCGACUCAUCGACUUCACCACAAAGGCUGCUAAAUUAGCUAAAGUUAACAAAAGAACCAACAAGAUAAAACGGCUCUUUGGGACAAAAACUCACAUGAAGAGCAAACUAUCCCAAAGCUCAAUACAAGCUCUCGCCAAGAAGCUCGACAGUAUUUUAGCUCAGACAGCUACCGAGCCGCAGUAGUCUAAGCAUUUUUAUAUUAUUAUAUUGUAUCUUUAAUUAUAGACGAAGAUUUUUUUAUAUGAUGUACACGUCAUACUAAAUUUAAAGCCAGAGCAAUAAGUAACAUUAAAAGUUUUUACCAAU